AUGAGAGCGGCGUACAGCCCUUUUGUUAUUCCCCACUCAUCGAGUUCUUCUGAUGCCUUCGAUUCGGACCCUUUCCAGAGAGCUACUCCGACAGAUAUCCAACUAUACUUAACUUCGCAGGACAGUACUGUAUAUGAAACUUACAGCAGGCGACAACUUGUCGUUGACAAUGACGUUACUUGCACUACAGUCCUACCGCUUUAUCCCGCGUUUCAUCUAUAUCCCGCACGUUUGUUCUUGACUCGUCUUUUGCCGCCACCACGUUCCUUCAUAUGCCGGGUGGGUACAUGUGGGCCCACAAAGUCCUUUCAACAUGCAAUUACCCAUGGUCCGUUCAUGAAAGGAAAACAAGUCUGGACCACUGGCGCUCACGCUCUAGAACUGCGUGCGACGUAUUACGAGUCCGGUCGUGGACGAUCUGCUCGCAUGCAAAAAGAAUCAUUCGUCUUUGUCGACAUCUUCUCUUUCUCUGUCCCGAGCGCCAGGCUAUCUCUGUAUAGCGUACGGAAUGGUGAUCCGUCAAACGGGUGGAGAGCUAUAAACGAUCGGUUCAUUGUGAUGAAGAAGAUGGAGCAUGUGUUCGCAGAUAUCGCUGGAGCGUUCUGA